AUGUCGUCUGUUGUACAGGCAAUUCGCUUGAGUAUACUAUGUGCAGCCACGGCAAGCGCGCUCACCCUUGGCCCUACCGAUGACAUAGUCACUGCAAUUGAGGGGACCAGUGACAGUGAGGUGAAUUUGGAGUCAGGGUCAUAUAUACUUUUUCGUCCGAUCGUGUUGGAUAGGCCGAUGUCAAUCAUAGGUGAUGAGAACGGAGACACGCUUAUUAGUGUGGGAUCGGGUAUCGAAUCAUUCAUCGAGACAACCCUAUACAAUGGGAUAAAACUCCAGUACAUAACUUUAAAUAGCGGACUCGGACAAUUCCAGAUCGAUGUAAUUGAUCCCGAUAUGAGAGAUGGAGAACUUAAGAUUCUAAGCGACCUUGGUCCAUGGUAUAACACUCGUAUUUUGGAAGACUUUCACAUUCAGGACUGCUCACUUUCACGAGACAUGGUAGGGAAUCCUGGAAGAGAGGCUUUAGCGUCACCAUCAGUGUAUAUUCGUCCUGACUGUAGGUUUCAAAUAGAGAACAGAAUCGAAUUCCAAAAAAUUGGGACUUGUGGUGUGCUGAGGAGGAAGGAAGGCACCGUAAAUUCGUACUUCAUUAAACUUGAGGCGAGCAUGACAGAGUAUGUCACCACCGUGUACGGAGAUACAAAGCUCCGGGUGCCAUUAAAUCGAGAGGGAAAUGCGGUGACUUAUAUAUCCGCACAAAUUGAUACUCAAUCAGGUGUGCAAGCCAGUAUAUCAGCUUUAUAUCAAAGAUUCAGUGUAGAUUGUGCCAUAAUACGACUGGAACGACCCGCCGUUAACAAAGAUCCCGUAGACGAUUGGACAGAGGUGAGUAUUCAUUUCAGAGCACAAGCGGAUACUAAAUAG